UCCCCUCCUUUCAUUUAUUUCAUCAUUUCUGCCAAACAAGCAGAACCUCGAUCCUCAGUCCCAUCCUUGUUUGAUGCUCUGCUGCCCUGAGCCAACAAUGGUAGCCUCCAAGGAAUCCCGAGAAGGAGAGGUUCACGUCCUAAUGGUGGCGUUCUCCGCCCAAGGCCACAUGAACCCCAUGCUUAGGUUUGGCAGCCGCCUAGUGGCCAAGGGCUUACAUGUGACCCUCGCCACCACCGACUGCGCACGAGACCGUAUCCUCAAGUCCCUCUCUUCCACCACCAUAGUCGAUGACAAAAAGAUACGUCUCGAAUUCUUCUCCGAUGGACUAAGCGUCGACUUCGACCGCUUAUCCCACAUGGACCAUUUCAUGGACAGCAUCGGCAAAUUCGGUCCCAUUAAUCUCUCCAAACUCAUCAAUGACCUCUCCGGUGACGCUCACCGUCCUAAGUUCUCAUGCAUCAUUGGCAACCCCUUCGUACCAUGGGUGGCAGACGUCGCUGCGCAACAUAACAUCCCCUGUGCCCUCCUCUGGAUCCAACCCUGCGCUCUCUUCGCCAUCUACUAUCGCUUCUACAACCAAUUGAACUCUUUCCCCACCCAACCCAACUCCGACUCUGUCGUUCACUUGCCGGGUCUCCCUCCACUCCAAACCACAGACUUACCGUCCUUCGUUCUACCCUCAAAUACCUUCGGCAGCUUCCCCAAGUUGUUGUCCAACUUGUUCCAAAGCUACAUGAACAAGUUCAAAUGGGUAUUCGGUAACUCAUUCUACGAGCUCGAGAAAGACGUGGUGGAAUCCAUGGCCGAGCUCUGCCCUAUCAGACCCGUUGGCCCACUCGUGCCGUCCACUCUUGUAGGACUAGUUGAAGGUGGUGACAUCGAAGUUGAUAUGUGGAAACCGGAAGAACGAUGCAUCGAAUGGUUAGACCGGAAACCUGUUUCGUCAGUUAUUUACGUCUCCUUCGGAAGCAUCCUAGUGCUAUCGGAAAAGCAGAUGGGGAACAUCGCAAUGGGUCUUAAAAACAGUGACCGUCCGUUUCUUUGGGUGGUUAAGCCACAAGACAACACAAAACCGGUUGGAUUACCGGCUGGGUUCUUGGAAGAGACUGAAGACCGGGGCCUGGUGGUGCCAUGGUGCCCUCAGACGAAGGUUCUGGAUCAUCCUGCGGUCGCCUGCUUUAUGAGUCACUGUGGGUGGAACUCGACGCUUGAGACGGUUGCCGCCGGAGUUCCGAUGAUUGCUUUUCCACAGUGGACGGACCAGCCGACCAACGCAAAGCUCAUAGUGGAUGUCUUUAAGAUGGGGGUGCGGGUCGAACCAGAUCCAGAUGGGACGGUUAGUAAGGAAGAAGUGGAGAGAUGCAUAGAUGAAAUUACGAAAGGACCCAAGUCGGAGGAAUUGAAGAGGAAGGCCGUCCAUUGGAAGGAGGCUUCCAAGAUGGCCGUGGCUGAACAUGGUUCGUCUGAUCGGAAUAUCCAAAUCUUUGUUGACGAGAUCGUGGGAAAGCAUUCCUCAUCUCCCUCCAUGUCACUCCACUCCAUCGAUGAUGACUAGUGAAGAAGGAAAAUUGGAUAUUUGGAUUAAGGGGUUCAGGGCUGUUAUUUGGUUUAGAUUCCAUUUUAAAGGAAAAUGGUAUCACGGUUACCCAUAAUAGUACCAAGCUUCCAUCAACUUCUAAAGUAAUAAUAUUCCUUUUGAAUUUUAUGGAUUAA